GCCACUUUGUUGACUAUCUUACCGCAAGCGGAAGUGUUGUAAACAACUCUGGGAUCCGGGGCACAGUCCCAGUCUGGAUCACUAAUAAAGGCCUGAUGAGUUCCCCCAUCCUGAUCCGAAAUCGCAAAAGGUUCGUGCCAUCGGAGGGACCAGUGACCAUCACCUACUGUGCAUCCGUACGCAGUACUCACAAGUCACACCGCCUGGGCCGAGACUGUGGACGGCGAUGGCAGCCGUUGUUGACAGUGCUCGGUGGCCCGUUGCUGUGAAGAUGGGGGAAAGCUUCAAACACUCGCCCGCUUCGCGAUGAGCCCGGCAAUAUCUGACCUCAAGGCUUUAGGAAUCUGGAAUUUGGAUACGUACGAAUAGUGCAGAGAACAGCUUAAUUCGAUUGUGCUCGUGUGAGAAAUGUUGUAUCCAAAGUGCGGAUAAUUGUUGAAAAUUAUGUCCGUCUCCAUCUUGCCGAGUCGUGCGCCUGCAUGGGUGGAUGCACAUGGCAAGGAAACAAAAUCUGGACCCUCACGCGUGGGAUGGGGACAACUUGACGAGGGCAAGAGUUGGGGAGGCUCGUUACUUGUCUUGCCUCACGGAUACCGAGCCAAUGCCUCUUUCGCACAAGACCAGUUGGCUAUUCUGAGAUGAGGCGGUCAUAAUGAGAAUGCUGCGGAUACGCCCUUGAGGGCAAAAGUAGUUGCAGGAUGAGGCCGUGACGCAUGCUGGACAACUGGAAC